CCCGGGGAGAGAACCGGCAUUUCCCGCUGCGCGCAUUGCCGGCGAGGCGCCAAAACCCUACCGCGCGAUAAUCCUCUUCCUCUCCGCUGCGCUCCCUUCCCAGCCGGCGGCGCCAACUUUAGUAGCCGCAGGCCGCAGCCGCCCACGAACCGCCGGCGACGAGAUCCGAGAGGAGGCUGGCCGGGGCUGUCGAUGGCGUCGUGGUGCGGCGACCUGGCUGCGCCGCCCCGCCUCCUCGUCGCCCCUCGUCCUUCUGAUGGCAAUUGUCAAGGGAAUGUUUUGUCUCUCCGCCACCCGAGAUCAGAUGAAGAAACAGGGUAUCUGUUCAUCGACGGUCAACUUCACGAGUUCAAUUGGUUUAAGGAGCGAUUUGGAUCUUGGUUCUUGGGUGAUUAUGUUUGUGAAGAUGGCAGCCUCUACUACUGCACAGUUGUUGAUCCCAUUUUUAUUCUUCUACCAAUUUUGAAAGCUGCACGUAUGUCGAAUGGUAAAGAUCCAGGAAAAUUUAGGCAACUGGAUGAAAUAUUGUAUGUUGAAGGAUAUCCUGGAUAUCAACACCUCAUGGGUAUAGCAGGAAACCAUAUUGAUCUGGUCUGUGAAGUUAAAGAAGUUGCUAAUGUGAAGUUCUUUAGGCUGGACGAUUCCAAGGUCUUAUCUUGGUUGUGCUGUAAGGUUCACAAUCUAAAAGAGGUUUUCCCCAAGCUAGGCAAAAAUUAUGCUGCCCAAGGAGAAAAAGAAUUAUUGAAGGAUGCCGUCCAAAUAAUUCGCGAAUACCUGAACGACGAACCAUGGUUAACGUUACUCUGCAAGAAGUUGCAGUUGGAUAUCAAGGAGAUCAUUGAAGCGAACAAAACUAGCGAAGCUUCCUUCUGUGCAGAGAAUUCUCCUGUACCUUUCCACCCUGCUGAGGAGAAGCUUGGAAGUAGUAGCACUAGGUCAAGCAAAGGGAGGCCAGCAAAGAAACAAAAGGCUGAGGUAGAAUCGAAGAACAUCAAAGACAUGUUCCGGAGGGUCACAAGGAAAGGAACGUGAUCCCAUAUUAUUUAUAGUAUGACUUGGUUCUGAUUUCGCCAUCGAGACCUCGCAAGGCGCUUCAUAUUAUUGAGGGAAAGCUGAGGUUUUCAGAUUAAAGCAUUGUUUAUGCUUCAGAAGCAUUCGUGCAGCUAAUGGAAUUAACUGUUUAACAAAUUUACUCCAAGUCUCAACUUUGUUAGGUUUGAAAUGUAGCAUUGCAGGCGUGUAUUUAAGUAUUUGAGCAAAGAGUCUUGUACUAUCCUACUGAUUUGUAUCGUACCAACCAAUUUCCUUGAACAUCUUGGCCUUGGGUCACUAGAGUAAUCUGAAAUGGUUGUUAAUGUUAUUUGUGAGCUUCAA